AUGGCAGCUGAUCGAUCCAAAAUACUGAGAAUAAACACCCAACUUCAUCUCCCUUGUAACUUCAGUGCAGCCCGGGCACUAUGUCCGGGCUUAACGCCAAACUGGCUGGGGUCAAAACCCCAAGCACUCGAAGAACUGAUGGAUCUGUUUCCUUAUGCUCUUUCUACUCCACUUUCUCCAACAGCCAAAGAAAAUAUGGGUGGUGACAAGAAAAUGGCAUCAUUAGCCUUGUUUUCUUCAUCAGUUGUAGCAAGUCUAAUCAUCCUACAUUUGUCUGGGGCAACCAAAAAAGGAACAGAAAAGCAAACUACUUCAGAAGGACAGAAGCCAGUGCAGUGUGGAACCUGGACAAAAUAUGCAGAAGGAGGUAUCUUCACUUCUCCCAACUACCCCAACAAGUAUCCUCCUGACAGAGAGUGCGUCUAUAUUAUAGAAGCUGCCCCUAGACAAUGCAUUGAACUACACUUUGAUGAAAAAUAUUCCAUAGAGCCUUCUUGGGAGUGUAAAUUUGACCACAUUGAGGUACGAGAUGGACCUUUUGGCUUUUCCCCAAUGCUUGGACGUUUCUGUGGACAGCAAAAUCCACCUAUGAUCAAAUCCAGUGGCAGAUUCCUGUGGAUUAAAUUUUUUGCUGAUGCUGAGCUGGAAUCUAUUGGGUUUUCUGCUCGAUAUAAUUUUACACCUGAUCCCGAUUUUAAGGACCUUGGUGCUUUGAAACCAUUGCCAGUUUGUGAGUUUGAGAUGGGAGGACCUGAAGGAAUUGUGGAAUCUGUACAAAUUGUCAAAGAAGGAAAAGCUUCUGAAACUGAGGCAGUAGACUGUAAAUGGUACAUCCGAGCACCACCCCGAUCCAAGAUCUAUUUGAGAUUCUUGGACUACGAGAUGCAGAAUUCCAAUGAAUGCAAAAGGAAUUUUGUAGCUGUCUAUGAUGGCAGCAGCUCUGUGGAGGAUUUGAAAGCCAAGUUUUGCAGCACUGUUGCUAACGAUGUGAUGCUGCGCACAGGUCUGGGAGUAAUCCGCAUGUGGGCGGAUGAAGGCAGCCGAAACAGCCGCUUCCAGAUGCUCUUCACAUCUUUCCAAGAACCCCCUUGUGAAGCCAACGCAUUCUUUUGCCACAGUAAUAUGUGUAUUAAUAAUACAUUGGUCUGCAAUGGACUCCAGAACUGUGUAUAUCCUUGGGAUGAAAAUCACUGUAAAGAAAAAAGAAAAGCUAACCUAUUGGACCAACUUACCAAUACCAGUGGGACUAUAAUUGGGGUGACUUCUUGCAUUGUGAUCAUCCUCAUUGUUAUCUCUGUUAUAGUACAGAUCAAGCAGCCUCGUAAAAAAUUUGUCCAAAGGAAAACAGACUUUGAUCAAACAGUAUUCCAGGAGGUGUUUGAGCCUCCUCAUUAUGAGUUAUGCACCCUCAGAGGGACAGGGCAUACAGCUGACCUUGCUGAUGUUGCAGAUGACUUUGAAAAUUAUCAUAAACUGCGGAGAUCAUCUUCAAAAUGCAUUCAUGACCAUCACUGUGGAUCACAAGUGUCUAGCAUUAAGGGCAGCCGUAGUAACCUCAGCACAAGAGAUGCUUCUGUCUUGACAGAAAUACAACCCCAGCCUGUAAAACCACUCAUUCAGCCCAUGAACAGGAGAAAUAUCCUUGUCAUGAAGCAUAGCUACUCACAAGAUGCUGCAGAUGCGUGUGAGAUAGAUGAAAUUGAAGAGGUACCAACCACAAGUCACAGGCUGUCCAGACAUGAUAAAGCUGUUCAGCGGUUCUGCCUCAUUGGGUCUCUAAGCAAACAUGAGUCUGAGUACAACACAACUAGGGUCUGAGACAAACUUGAGACUGCUUGAGAAUAGUGCGCUCCUGGGUGAUUUUGAACAUGCUACAAUGAAAUGAAACUAUCGUCCUUGGAAACACCAGCUAGAGGUUUUAUGGACUUUCUGACCAGCUAUUCUCAUAUCAUGACAAAAUUCAGCAAGCAGUGUUGAGUAAAAUUCCUAGAAGGCAAUAAGACUUUCCUUAUUACGCUUAUUGCUCAUUUCUCUUUUAUUUUUCUCUCUUCUUUUUGUUGCAAGUUAAAUUUCCAAUUUCAGGAACAAUUUAUUGAAAUCAGGUAUUUAGCCAUUCAUAAGCACUUCAAUAGAAAUGUUUGUUGGAUAAGCACCUAGCAAUAUGACUGAAUUUGACAUUGAGAAAAUAAUCUGCAUGUAUGUUACUGAAUAUUUGAGUUGGCAAAAAUUCCCUUUAUUAGAUACAUUGUAAAAAGCAUGCAUUCACAAUUAUUGCUGUUACUGUUCCAUUUCUGUGUCAUAUGCUUGCUACUUGUAACUUUUUCUAUAAAGAUACAUAAAACAAUGUAUAAUAA